GCCAUCCGUAGUUGCCGCGUGCGCGCUGGCGCCGUGUUUAGACUAAUAACACUACGAUCAAUUCACGUGAAAUGGAGACGUUUAACCGGCUUUUGGUGGAAUACCCCGAAUUAAUGUACAGUGGAGUCGGAGCUACGGCUUUUGUCGCCGGCGGAGCGCUAAUUUACAAAAUAGCCACCAGGAAGAGGCCGACGCAUGCAAAUGUCAAUUGCUGGUUCUGUAAUCAGGACACUGUGGUGCCUUAUGGAAACAGAAACUGUUGGGAUUGUCCCACUUGUGACCAGUAUAAUGGCUUCCAGGAGAAUGGAGAUUACAACAAACCCAUCCCAGCUCAGUACCAGGAACAUCUGAAUCAUGGUGUAUCCGGAAGUCUCCCUUCCUCUGAGACACCCAAGACGAUGCAGUGGGUCAAUUGUCAGAUGCUUCUAUGCAGGAAGUGUAAUAAUAACCAGUCUGUCAAGAUCAAACAGUUGGCCUCAUACACCCCGAGGGAUGAUGAGAGCUAUGACGAUGAAAUUGAAGCCUACAAGCACCACCUUGAGCAGACUUAUAAAUUAUGCAGACCUUGUCAGACAGCAGUGGAAUAUUAUAUUAAAUACCAAAACCGCCAGCUUCGUACGGUUCUCCUAAAUCACCAGCUUCGGCGCACCCGGGAUUCUGACACAGGAUUUGUAAAGAGUUCCCAUUUUAUGUCCUCACCCAUGGGGGUUAUACUGUUACGGAUCCUUGUGUUCCUGAUGUGUGCUGUCCUACUCGCUACAUCUUUCUAUGAGUUGCCAGAUCAGUCCGUCUUGCCCAGUGGUCCACAGACAUUAAGUGGAGGUAUCAUUCCGCCAAAGCCCAAGUCAAACAAUGAGUCCACUCCCAUCAAUGAUACCAGUGGACCUUUGCCUGUGUGGCAAGGUCUGCUGGAGCUGCUCCCGGAUGAGGCCAUCGAAAAUGCCAAAGUAAUGUGGAAGCAUGGAGCGGACAACCAGCUGGCAAUAGUUUCUGUUGGCCUGUUAACUUGUCUCACAGCUAUCUUCCUAGCAGGUCCCACGAGGUUGAGGAGAAUUGAUGCUUUAGCAUCUGUCCUUUGGUUCUUCAUCUUGUGCCUCUACUUGGUUGAAAGCUACUCUACUUAUGAUUUGGGCUGGAUGGACACAGCAAAGCUCGUCACCAUCUUCCUCUGUUGCCUUGUCAGCUUCGCUGCUGCAGCUGCAACUCGUAAACCACUGGGUCCACGAAGAGGCAGAUAUCGAAGAUAUCUUGCAGGCAGUGCUGCAGCCCAACCCUUCAGCAUCCAGCCAACUUUUCCCGGUUCUGAUCCGGUGGACUCUUUCGUCCCCACCCCACCCCCCAACCUCUCCCAGCUCAUCAGUCGCCAGCACGGCCCCCGCGAGCGCAAGGCUUCCCCCUCCUCUCUGCCGGGACGCCUCAACAGAGCCCUUUCCCUUGGAACGAUCCCCACCCUCACCAGGACAGAUUCUGGAUAUCUAUUUAGUGGGAGCAGACCAGCCUCACAAUACAAAGACUCUCCAUCAUCAGAUUACUUUUCACUGAAGUCUGGGAGCCGUCCAUCGUCCCCAGCACCCUCUCCGACUCCUUCUGUUGCUGGCUCGGUCACGUCCAGCGCAGGUUCUGCCAGACACCGCCGUCCCCUCAUCAGUCCGGCUCGCCUCAACAUCAGUGGCCAAAAACUCCGUCUUUUCUCCACCGAACCAGAACCCAGCCCCAUGUCCCCACCUUUGUCCCCUUUUCAUUUCCACGUGGAUCCAGCCUCUGUCAUUUACAGUAGCAGUUUUUCACGAGAAAUAUCUUCUUUCCAAAGUCAAAAUGAUUUGUGCUCCUUAAUGAGAGAUGGCAGUGUGAUUGAAGAGGAGAAACGAAGCAGCUCCUCUGAGUCCUCUGCUUGCCAGGUCGGCACUACAACACAAAGUCCUGAGAACAUCCCUCCUCAAAAAGGUUUUGUGAAGCGUCUCGUCUGGCCAGGGCUUUUGUUGGCAAGUCUAACAGCCAACCUCUUGUUCGCCGGCCUCUAUACGUACCACAACUGGACAUGAAGCGUCGGCAGGUCUGCUGCUGCUCUCUCAGCCUGCACAGUGUCCGAGCCUCUGGGCCGACACUUGUUAUAUUUGUAGACCUCAGUCAGUCUGCGGGGCUAAAAAAACUUCCACCAUCACUCUUCGUUUGCUGGUGCUUUAUUUAAAACAAACAAAAAACAAAACCAUGCCGAUGUCAGCUGACAUAUUUACAGUAACAGACCUCCCAUUUUAUUGGAGCUACAAGAAGUAUGCAAGGAAAUUUCUGAAGUAUAUCUUUGACUUUGUGAGUCAAUAUUGCUGAAACACAAUUUGGCGUUAAUUUUGUGUUUCGGUCGCCGCUCUUCAAACACGAAGGCAGGUGUGUGGAGCUGAAUUUUAAAGGGUCAGUUCAUGCACUGAUGCUAGAUGGCGUUUUUAAAACCUGUGCUGUGAAAUGUGCAAUCAAUGUGUACUGUUCAGUCGAUGCUGCUUGGGCACAGAGGGUAACGUCUCGCUGACUUGUACUGAUUGUGAUGAGUCCGUACUCUCCCCCAGCUGAAGACCAGUUCUGCUUCUUUAAACAAGCCAAAUUUGGAGGAAAUGCUAAGUAGAAUGUUUUGUUUAUAGAAAAGAAGAAGAAAGAAAAAUUGCUUUUUUGAAAUGUGUACAGAUUUUCCAUUAGUGACAUUUGGAACUCAGAACCUGAGUUUACCAUAGUUUCUUCUGUGUAUAUUCAGCAGCAAAAAGAUUCACUGGUGCUCUGAUGUUACCCAGUUUAGGGUCAACACUUUUAACCUUCAUUUCAUACACAUUCCAGUCACUCACUACUGAAAUGGUUCUCUUUAACUAGCCCAUCUCUGUUUUAUGUCCCUUAUCUCUUGUAAUUUCACAGCUACCUCGGCUUGUGAACUCUUUCUUGCAAAACCCAGUGUGAUGUUUGCAGUAACACAGUUUGGAAAAUGUUUGCACUGUUAUUUUUGGUGUUUUUUUUUUUGUUUUUUUUUUAAUUCUGUUGUGUGUUAAUGGUUGAGUGGUGGAGUGCAAAGUGGGCCAUUUGAAUGUAUUCAAAUGGUACAUUUUGGACCUUUCUCAGUUCAGUAUAAGCAGGUUAUUUAAUUUGUUUGCUUAUUUAAAACUCUUCUGGACUGGGCACAUGUUUCACUUUUUAUUUAAAUAAGAAACAAUUUAGCUCUUUUUGAACAAUUAUUGGGUUGUGUGUAUGUGCACAAGCCUUUGGGUUUUUUUUUAUUUUAUUCUGAUAUGAAUUUUCGAUCAUUUUUAAAACCAUGUUUUUGAAACGAUUUUGAGCCAAAAUAAUGACGCUAAUGUAAAAAAAUGAGUGUCCAUCAUUGAGUGUCCAACGAUGGGUGUCGAAAAAAACAAACACUAUUAUAAUGAAUAGUUUUAAAAACUAUACAUUUAUAGUUCAUGUAUAACCAAGCUGAUGUUUUGUUUUUUUUGUUGUUUUUUUUUUUUAGAUGACUUUUUUUUUUCUUCCCCUCAUUAUUAAAAGAUCAUGUACAUAUUGACAUGUACACAUUUUCUCAGCCCAGUAAAAGUGUCCUGAAUUAAACAAAUGUUUUGUUUUGUUUGUUAGAAUGAAUGUGUGUUUGAGGUUUUAUUUGAAUUGUAUCACCAUGAUGUUAAAUUAA